CCUCUUUAGUCUGUCGUUCCUCUGACAUCAGCAGUCGGUGCUAAUUGGUCUCACUGUGACUGAAUGAGUAAACUUUUCCUCUUUUGUUUAUUUGCGUCUCAGUGGUGUGACUCAAACACACCUGAACCGUCACAUUAACCUGUGAUUUUAAUUUGUAGUAAUCGUCACAGUAACAAAACCUCAGAGGAAUCCUGACUUUAAAGGUGGAGCUCAGAGUUCUUGUUUUGUUUCUGUGAUGAAAGAUGAAGAGAAAACAGCAGUGACUCCACCGGAUGUACGAUGUAUGUCUUUCAAGAAUAAAAAAAAACAGGGUUAAACUUAUGAACUCAUUUGCAACGGAAAAAAUGUUAGAUUUUGCUGAACGCUAAAAGCAUAAAAGAGAAUAAAGGAAAGGAAAAGUUGAUCUAAUUUCGCUCUUUAUUUCUUCUCAGAAAAGAUGGCAGAGAGUCUGUCAGUGAGGACGUUAAAAAUCAACGACUCCGUUGCUCGUUCUGUGUAUGUGUUUUAUUUUGAAGGUGUGGAGCGGAUGUUGUUGCAGCGGCACUAACUGUAGCUGCAGCCUGUGUUUAAAUGCAGAGGCUGCUGGACGAGCACAGACAGUUGAGCUGAGGUCAGACCACGAACACCGUCAUCGUCACCGUGGAGGAAAAAGUAGUAGAAGAAGGAGAAGUAAUUAACACCUGAGGACGAUUCUUCUCGAAGAUGGAGAAGUAUGAAAAGAUUGGAAAGAUUGGAGAAGGCUCCUACGGCGUCGUCUUCAAGUGCAGAAACAGAGACACAGGACAGAUCGUAGCCAUCAAGAAGUUUGUGGAGUCAGAGGACGAUCCCAUCAUCAAGAAGAUCGCACUGAGGGAGAUCAGGAUGCUCAAGCAACUGAAACACGCCAACCUGGUCAACCUGAUCGAGGUGUUUCGACGCAAGCGGAAGCUGCACCUGGUGUUUGAAUACUGUGACCACACGGUCCUCAACGAACUGGACCGACAUCCCAGAGGAGUUCCAGAACAUCUUGUGAAAAGCAUCACGUGGCAGACGCUGCAGGCCGUAAACUUUUGUCACAAACAGAAUUGCAUCCACAGAGACGUCAAACCAGAAAACAUCCUCAUCACCAAACAUCAAGUCAUCAAACUGUGUGACUUUGGCUUCGCCAGAAUUCUCACCGGUCCAUGUGACUACUACACUGACUACGUGGCCACCCGCUGGUAUCGGGCCCCUGAGCUGCUGGUGGGGGACACUCAGUACGGCCCCCCGGUGGACGUGUGGGCCAUUGGCUGUGUGUUUGCUGAGCUGCUGUCAGGAAUCCCACUGUGGCCUGGGAAAUCUGACAUGGACCAACUGUACCUGAUCAGGAAGACUCUGGGAGACCUGAUUCCUCGACAUGAGCAGGUUUUCACCAACAAUCAGUUCUUCAGUGGAGUUUCCAUCCCAGAACCACAGGAUAUGGAAACGUUGGAGCAGAAAUAUCCAAACCUCUCUCAUCAAGCUCUGAGUCUCAUGAAGGGCUGUCUGAGGAUGGAUCCCUCAGAGCGUCUGACCUGUGAGCAGCUCCUCCUGCAUCCGUACUUUGACAGCCUGAGGGAAAAACACGAGAACACGUCCCGAGAGCAGGAUCGUCCCAGCAACAAGAGGACACGGUUUCCUCGCAAACAACUGCCACCAGGGUAUUUGCCUCAGCUGACUGGCAGCAGCAUCUUCCCGGCUCUGGACAACAAGAAAUACUACAACAACCUGCGCAGGUUCAACUACCAUCUACCCAACAUCUAAAAACAUCUCUUUAAACUCCUGAACUUCACAAACAUCUAAAGAAAAAAACUCUGGCAAGAACACCCAGCUUCCUAAAGCUGUGGAGAGGAUUCAAACCUCUGUUCUUAUCUUUUUAAACCUUUUCUCCACGAGGCGUUUCUAUGACGUGCGUCUGUCCUGUUUCAGCAGGUCGUGACUCAGACAGGUUGGUAGCUGUACGACAUUUUCUGAUGAUUGUUUGUAUGUAACUGUAAAAAGACAAGGACGAUGUGUCGCUCUGCUCUUAGUGGACAGAAGGUAAAACUACCACGUACUGCCUUGCCCAGUUUUGCCAAAUGUAUUUUUUUUAUACGACGACAGACGACAUAAGAGCGACAUGUUUCAGUAGAUGUGCUUUUAUUUUCAGAUCAGGACUAGAACUCAGACUAGGACUUUUCUGUCAGAUACAAAUGACUAAUGAUCCUUUCUGCAAAUAUUUAUUGACAUCAGGAAUUGAAGGCGACUCACUUCCAGCACAGUAGCUCUUAGCUGUAAUGACACCACACAGUCCUCAUCAUCUCUGGUGCUAAGGAUGUUUUCAGCCAUCUCUCUGUUCAUCUGACAUCAUUUGUCUUGUUUUUGUAAAAAAAAAAUUAUAUAUAUAACUUAUAUAUAUGUAUAUAUUUACAUAUAAAUAUAUACAUAUAUGUAUAUAUGUAUGUACUGUGUAUAUUUAUAUGUAAAUAUAUACAUACAUAUAUGUAUAUAUUUAUAUAUGUAUGUAUAUAUUUAUAUAUAUGCCAAAUUAAGCUAAAGAGAAAUGAUAUGGAAAACUCCUAUACCUGAAAACUGUACAAGUUGUUUUUCUCUGUGGAUUUAGAUACAGACAAAAAUGUUAAUAAAUGGUUUAUUGACGACAUUAUUUAAAA